AUGGCUCAAGUUGAUAGGUGGACUCUUAAGAUCCUGUCCCUUCCAUUGUUCAGCGAUGCAUUUGCCCAGGCGAUCGCCAAAACGCCGCUGGCCAACCUGGCAUUUGUAUCAGCCAUGGGAGUGAGCUCGGCUGCAGAGUUUUCGGCUAAAGUAGCCGAGUGGGCGGGGUCUUUUGAACCAGCAGUUGCUCAAGUUUUGUUGAAAGAUUCAGGUCAGCUUGAAAAUUUUUGGUCGCUCGGAAUCAGAGCUGAGAAGAUGUUCUUUGAGUCAACGGCUUUCCAGUUGGGUUUUGGGCUGUGUGAUAACAGACCCCCUGAGACAAGGGGAUCUGCACUUGACCAGCUCAGACAGGCAGUGGGGGUCCGGGCGCUGCUCAGCGGCCCAAAAGCGCCAAACAAGAAGCUCAAGGGCCUAGCACAAGCUAGCGAUUCUUCGACCCCUCUGCUUGAUCAAGAAAACAAUGAGAAAGCCAAGUGGGCAGCUCGCCUUGAGGCCAUUGGGCAACGUGCCGGACCAGCGGCCAAACUGCUUGUUCAGCAGGAGCAGAGCGAUGAGUUGUCGCCCUCCGAGCUGUCGCGGUUGAGGCAGAUUGUCCUACUCUCAGGCGCUCCCAGAACUAUGUCGGCUCAUGUUCGGGCGUACGAAAAGUUUGAGCACUGGGCAACAGCCUCUUCAGUUGUGCUGUACCCUCUGACAGUGGACAAGAUCCUGAAAUACUGUCUAGUUUUGGAUCAGAGAGAGUGCGGCCCCUCAGUGGUGCCAGCAUUCAAGACCUCUGUCAAGUGGGUGGCCUCUCGGCUGGCGAUCGACCUACCAGAUGUGGACGAUCAACGGCUGAAAGCCAUUCAAGACCAGAUCGUUUCUUCUCGGGCCACCACCUUGAAAGAGGCAGUGCCCAUUCCGAUUGCUGCGGUUUGUAGCAUGGAAGCGAUCGUAGUCAACCCCAAAGAGUUUGCCCAAGCCAGGAUCUUUGUUUGGUGGCUCCUCUGCAUGGUGUUUGCUUCACUUCGUUUUGAUGACGCCAUCCAUGUCAAGCCCUCCGAGUUGGUCAUGCAAGAUGAGGGCCUUUUCGGCGUGGCCUGGCAAACCAAAGUUGAGAGAAAGCGAUCCGGCACCCGGUUCAUGGUCCCCAAAGUCGGCUUCCGCCAUAACGACUGGCUCGAAACUGGGUGGAGCUUGUUCAAGCUGCUGGAAGUCCAAGACCGUGAUUUCUGGAUUUUUGAGUUGAACUCGAAGUCAGAGUUCGACCAGCGCCCGCCGUCUCACCAGCGCACAGUAAAAUGGUUGCGUUGUUUUGCACAUCAAGGGGUAAUGCUCGAUCGUGAGAUCCCUGCGACUGAGCGCAAGGGUCUUAUUGAAACGGUCGACAAGUUGACUGUUCACUCAUGUCGAGUUACCCUACUCGAUGCUGCUGUUCAUGCUGGGCGCUCCACUGAAGAGAUUGGCCUUCAGGCCAAUUGGAAAAAUCCCGGGCCCAUGGUUUUGAAAUAUACCCGAAAUCGCUCAUCUGUCCCAGCUACCAUGAUCAAACAACUUGUUCGAGAAAUGGUUCAAGAAAACCAUCCCGUGAUAGAAGAUGCCCAGACCUUUCUCACUGAUGCUUCUGAUCAAGAUUUAGAUAAUUUGGAAUUUUUCAUCAAGAAUCCCGGGGCUGGCACAUAUUAUGAUUAUAAGUUUCACGCUCCCUCAAUCGAUGAUAGCACUCAGACGGCCUGUCGGCGUUUUGCAAUCGAUGAGUGCCAGUCCGUGGGAGACAUUUUGCCAGAUUUAUCAGUGCUCUGUAAAGCCUGCUCCAAAGCCAGGCCAGAGAUCGCGGCCGCAGCUAGUGUUGCUCAGUGCCUUGCGAGCCUUGGGCCUGUCGCCAGCAUGGUCGAUCGCACUACCUACACGGAUGAUCAAGUUCCCGAGCUAGCAUUGCGGCAGGUCUUCGGGCGCCAGCGGCUCCCAGAGAAUCUGUGCCUGCUCGCAGCCGAGGUAGGCCUUCGUACCAUGGACACAUUUGCCAUGCUCGGCGACAACAUCACCGGUGUCAAGCAGACCCUCAACCGCAUCGUCACUGACCCAGCUCGGUUCGGUGCUGACGCGGCUGCUCAGGAGUUGGCACUCACCAAUUUGACAGCAGUAUGGAAGACAUGCUCGACUUUACAAGAGCAUUUCGCCUCUCGGCGUGCCAAGAUGGAAGAAGAUCCUUCGAAGGUGCCCGAAAUUCCGGGUGAGGAUCAUGCAGAGUUCCGCGAGCAGUUCGUGCACAAACACCCAGAUGUGUUGUUGCCGCCCCACCGAGAACCUCACAGGAAGUUGGUCGAACGCAUCCAACGUGAUUACCUUGUUCAUGGUGCUGUGAUGUUCUACCAGGUGGGUGAGCUGCGCACGCGGAGCGAAGUGAUUGUUCAGAAAGCGGGUAUUUCUAAGAAUGCAGAAGACUUGCUCAAGGUCGUCACGGUUGAUCAACCUGUUUCGGCCGCCUCGGAGAGCCAGGUGAUGGACAAGCUUCAUGCCUUCUUCGUGGCUCUUGAGUAUCUCAACAUCUGCGAAUUCACCGCUGCCCGCGGGCCCCUGAAGUAUCUCUCGGAGCUCGAAGAGUGGCGGCAUGAGAACAAGGGGUUGGCGCUGUUGCUGACAGUCGACUCCUUGAUCCGUAAGAAGGUCCAUCGACUCAACCAUGAUCAGAGGAAGUCCUUCCCUACGUUCUCCUCCGCCCUGCUCGAGGUCUUGGCCAACCACAAGCAGCUCUGGAAUGACGCGCGUAGCAGCGCAGAACUCGACAAGUUCAAGCAGGCUGGCCAGCAAGCUCCUUCUACUCCACCGCGGGCUCCCAAGCGUGCUCGGGAAGCGGAUGAUUCACCUCUCGAAGUUUCACCCAAGGCCAAGAAAAACAAAGCUCGUCGUGAAAGGCAGAAAGCCGUGCUCGCUCGAGCCAAAGCCACCUUGGCCGAUUCCAAGGGGGCGCGCCAGGAGUCCAAAGUCUCCAAAGACGCCCGUGUGCCAGCCAACGAAUGGUCAGCCAUCACCGCCUUCAAGUACUCAGGUAAGCGGCGAUGCCCAUUCUACAAUUGCUCAUUGGGUUGCCGAUUCGGCGAUUCUUGCCGCAAUUUGCAUGCCUGUGUCGAAUGUGGGAGUGAUCACUUUUGUGGGGCCCAUGCUGGGGCGAAUGAGGAGCCUCAGAGUUUGACUCGCUCUGAAGCUCCGAUAGCUCCGGUGGCACAGCCGAAACAACCGUGGCUCCGUUGGGCAGACGUUCCACAGGACGUUCACGAAGUGGCAGCUCAGGGCCCUUGGUUUCUGGAAAUUUUCGCAGGGACGGCUCGUUUGACAGACGCAGUCCGGCAGAUGGGAAUUCCUUGCUUACCACCCAUUGAUGUGAUGAUCAUCCAGCAUGUUCAAGACCCUUUUGAUGUUCUUGAUGCAGAUCGCUGGACUUUCAUCAUGCAGCUCGUGCAGAUGGGGGCAAUUUUCUUUGUUCAUUGUGGUACACCAUGCAACACUUUUUCUGCAGCUCGCAAAGCGGACGGGGGGCCGCCGCCCUUACGCAGCCCCGCCUGUCCGGAGGGAUUGCCGGCGCUUUCAGGCUCUAACUGGUUUCUGGCGCAGAUCGGCAACCUGUUUGUUGAUCGCACUGUCGAAGUUUGUUUAGGGGUCGCUGAAAUGGGAGGCGAUUUUUCUAUCGAAAACCCUGAAAAGAGUUUGAUCUGGAGCACUCGGGGGAUACAACGUCUUCUGCGGUGCGCUCGCGCCUGGCUUAUCCAUUUUGAUCAAUGUGCGUGGGGGGCUCCCUCGAUGAAGCCCACCUCACUGUGUGUGACUCAUGCGGCUUUCUCGCCUCUGCACAGGCGCUGCCCGGGUCAUCACGCUCAUGAAGUUCUGCAAGGACAAGUAUAUAGUGAGUUCUUUGGCAAAGUGGUUUAUCGCACCAAGCUUGCUCAAGAAUACCCGCACCUGCUUUGUGUGGCCAUGGCUGAGGCCAUCUCAGCCAUUCGCGUUCGCCCUCUGCAUCUCAUGGAGGCCUCUUUCGGGCUGCUCAGCACGGGCAAGCGCAAGCGUAUGCUGGGCCAGGCCAUGCCUUGGGAAGGCCAUCGCCAACAUUUGACUGCUCAGCUGGCGGCGGCAGCAGGCUACCAGCUCAAACGUGGUGCAAUGAAACCUUUGCUGGAGGUGGAAUCUGAGCCGGGUCAGGCUAUCUUGUGGGCGAUGAGCAUCGAUCACCCGUUCUCGACCGAGAUUGCCGUGGAACCUGGCUUGCAGGCGGCUCUACAACAGUUCGCCUACUCCAGUGAGCACAUUCUGCAGCGGCGCUCAGCACUUCUGCAUAAGUGGGGAGCGAUCGCUCAGUCAUCUCUAGAGGCGACUGAUCAGAUUUUGCGGCGCAUCCCGGAUGCCCCUCUGCGCUAUUUGCUGAGGGGGGUCCUGGACCAUGAACCUGCGCAGCUGGGCGUCACUUGCCAUCUCGUGCUCUACAAACUGAUGCUGGCGGCCAUCAAUUCGGUUGAUCAAGAUCUUCCUCAUUGCUUGCUUUCUGGUUUUCCAAUCGUGGGGCCGAUUCUGCGAUCGGGCAGAUGGCCGCCUUAUGAGAAGGCGCAGUCGCCCGUGGCGGUCGCCUUAAUGCAAAGCCGGGCCUGGGAGAUCCGGAAGAAGAUCAUUGCGCAUGUGCAAGCUGUGCCAAUCACAGAGAACCUCAAGAAGAUUUGGGAUGCGACUGUAGAAGAUGUUCAUGAAGGUUGGGUUUUGGAUGAGAGAAAAGCGUACCGUCAAGUUCCUAUACGGCCUGAUCACCGCAUGUUCAGUGUGAUCGCUUUGAAGGAACCAGCUUCUGGAAAAACUGCUUUCUUCGUGAUGAUUGGGCAUUCUUUUGGUUUGGUCUCUGCCGUUUACAACUACAAUCGCCGAUCGGCUGCUAUCAACGAGAUCCUCGUCUCCUUGUUUGGUCUGAUCGCCUUCAGUGUUACCUAUAACCUGGAUGAUUUUGUCUUGGAGAUCAAGGACGACCGUAAGUCCGACUUGAUUGAAGAGAUCGACCACAUUUUACACUCAGGUCUUCUGGAUCCAGGAACUGCUGGAAAAUUGAAAGGCAAACUGAUGUUUGGUGCAAGCCAGCUCUGGGGAAAGGUAGGCCGUGCAUUCUUGCGCGUGAUUUCUGAACGCCAAUACGCUCGUUUCCCAUUUGGUGAUUCCGGUUUCGUUUUGGACGAGCCUUUGCGGUUUGCUUUGGAGCACUGGCGACAUCUUAUCAGAGCUGGUCCUCCCCGACCGAUCGAGAUGAAGAAGAUCAAGAAACCUGACGUAGUCAUUUUUACUGAUGGUUUUACACCGGAUCCGAGAGACGAUGAUCCUCGUCCGGAUAGGGUAGGUGCAGUUCUGUUUGAUAGACGAUGGGAGGCUCCUCUCCAGUUCUCUGAGGUGAUACCUAAAGAGAUGCAGAAGAACUGGGCUCCCAGGAAGACCCAAAUUGUUCCUGUUGAAAUGAUUGCUCCUAUUUUAGCUUUACACACCUUUCGCGAGCGUUUGUUUGGCACUGACUUGAUUUUGCUGAUCGACUCUGAAGCCGUGGAGUCCGCUCUGGUUAAAGGAUACUCCAGCAAAUCAGACUUGUGCACGCUCGUGUCGGUAUUUUGGAACUUAAUUUUUGAAUUGCAAGUUCGAGUUUUUAUUGACAGAGUUUCAACUGAUUCCAACCCAGCUGAUUGGCCUUCUAGAGACGAUCUCUCCACGGGAGAGAAGGACUCCGAAACCCUGGAGCUCAACGAUCCCGAGACCCGGCGCCGGAUGGACGCAGAUCCCAUGUUUCGGGUGGAGAAGACCUUGCGUGACUUGCAGAAGGAGCGGAGCGACAAGGAAAGACUGGCGGAUUUGCAGGAGUUGCAAGACGACCGUGAAGAUGCCUAUGGCUGGAAUUGUGCCAUGCGAAAAGCACAUCGAGUCAAAAGAAAAGAGGAAAAGAGAAUGGAGGAGGAAGAGCGGCUGAAGGGGAAACCCAACUUCGCAGUGCCCCUAGUUCCACAAGAUGAGGAGGACGCGCAGAAGGCCCGGCAGGUCUCCUUUUCCACAGACCAUGAGAAGAUCGAAGUGGCCGCGAGGCGCUCUGCUUUAAAGGCUCAGCCUGUGCUUGGCGGAGACAAGAAGACCGCUGCAGUAGCCAAAUUAGUCGCUAAGAGGAAGCGUUUACAGCAGCACUCAAGGAUGGUUCGAGCUCGUGUAGCUGGAUGA